CAUCACAUUACUUUCUCAUUCCACACAUGAAAGAAAAAUAGAGAAAGAUAUCAAUGGCAUCUUCAACAAUAUCCUCCAAAAGUCCUAAAAUGGAAGAAUCCUCAAAACACUUUAUACUCAUCCAUGGAGCUUGCCAUGGAGCCUGGUGCUGGUACAAGAUGAAGCCUUUACUUGAGUCCGCCGGACACAAGGUAACCGCCAUUGACUUGGCCGCGUCCGGCAUUGACUGUCGGAGAAUUGAGGAUCUUCGAUCACUUGAGGAUUAUAGUGAACCCUUAAUCAACGCAAUAUCCUCGUUCCCUUCCGACCAAAAAGUGGUGCUGGUCGGCCAUAGCCUAGGAGGCUUAAGCAUAGCUUUGGCCGCCGAUAAGUUCCCGGAGAAGGUGUCCGUACUUGUCUUCCUCGCGGCUUUCAUGCCCGACUUUGUCCAUAGACCAUCUUAUGUCCUUGAAAAGUAUUUUGAGAGAACUCCAUUAGAAUCAUGGGAGGAUACCAAGUUUGAAUCAUAUGGGAAUCCUUGUGAAGAUCUCAGGGCAAUCCUCUUCGGCCCCAAUUUCAUUGCCCACAAGCUUUAUGAGUUGUGCUCUCCUAAGGAUCUUGCACUGGGGAUGUCCAUGAUUAGGCCGAGCUCUAUAUUCAUGGCGGAUUUGAUCAAAGCUAGUAACUUUACUGAAGAAGGCUUUGGGUCUGUGCCUCGUGUAUACAUUACCUGUAAGGAGGACAAAACUAUACCCAUUGAAUAUCAACUGUGGAUGAUUGAGAAUAUGGGAGGUGUAAAUGAGGUGAAGGAGAUGGAUGGUGUGGGUCAUAUGCCUAUGUUGUCAAGCCCGGAUGAUCUCUUGUUAUGCUUACUUGGCAUAUCCUAUAAGUGAAUUGAAGAAAAUAUUUUAAUUAUUAUUAUGUUUAUGUCUAGCUUGUAAGUUUUAUUAAUUAUAUAUAAGAUUUGUUUCUUUUCAAUAAUUAUGUUAUACAUAAUAAACUAGGGUUUUUAAAUUUUCA